GGGGAGGAUAAAAUUUUGGCGUCUCUUGAUAAUCCAUCUUUGUUGUUGAUAUUGAGCCGGGACGUUGUGACCGUAGAGAAAUGGAAUUUAGAGUUGGUGAGCGAAUUUAUGGAAGAGGAUAUUGACGUGGUCCUCAAUGAAGAGGCAAAAUUUUUUGGUGAAGAAUUGUAG